GUAAUUAAUUCCAGUACCACUUCCAUCUGUUUCCUCAACAUAAUUCGUUCGGGAAAUUUGAGAUCAUCAGAUAUUUGAAAUUUGAAAGAAUAUUAUAUGAUCUGAUACGAUGAGGCAGGCCGAGGCAGCCGGUUCUGAUCAUCAUCGGCAAUUUUUUCUUGGAACGUCGACGAUAUUGACCUUAAUUUGCUUAAGCUUUUUCUCGGUGAAAGCAGAAGAUGCAUAUAGAUAUUAUACAUGGACAGUUACAAAUGGAACUAUAUAUCCUCUUGGUGUUCCUCAACAGGGGAUUCUUAUCAAUGGACAAUUCCCGGGCCCUACAAUUGAAUGUGUGACUAACGAAAACAUAGUCGUUAAUGUCAUUAAUAAGCUGGAUGAACCUUUCCUCAUCACUUGGAAUGGAAUAAAACAGAGGAGAACAUCAUGGCAAGAUGGUGUGCUUGGAACCAAUUGCCCCAUCCCCCCAAACACAAACUGGACAUACAAGUUUCAAACCAAGGAUCAGAUUGGAACUUUCACCUACUUCCCUUCAACUAAAUUGCACAGAGCUGCUGGGGGUUUUGGAGGUUUCAAUAUUGCACAGAGAUCCGUCAUAUCAAUCCCAUAUCCUAAACCUGAUGGAGAAUUUACACUGCUUGUUGGCGAUUGGUACAAGACUAACCACAAGGUAUUGCGGCGAACGUUGGACCUCGGCAAUACUUCUCUUCCUUUACCUGAUGGUCUCCUCAUAAAUGGGAUUUCAAACGGCUCUGUCUUCACCGGUGAACCAGGGAAAACAUACAAAUUCAGGGUGUCAAAUGUGGGGAUAGAAACUUCAAUCAACUUUAGGAUUCAAGGACAUGCAUUAAAGCUUAUUGAAGUAGAGGGAGCUCAUACCCUGCAGGACACAUAUCAGUCCCUUGAUGUUCAUGUGGGUCAAUCUGUGGCUGUUUUGGUUACCCUUAAUGGACCAUCCAAGGACUAUUUCAUUGUUGCUUCUACCCGUUUCACAAAGCCUAUUCUUACAACAACCGCAUAUCUUCGCUAUGCUGGUUCCACAACCCAAGCCUCAGGGCCCUUACCUACCGGUCCAACUUAUCACAUUCACUGGUCUAUGAAGCAAGCCAGGACCAUCAGGUCGAACUUGACAGCCAAUGCAGCCAGGCCCAACCCACAAGGUUCAUUCCAUUAUGGGACCAUAAAAAUUGCAAGGACGAUUGUUUUAGCUAAUACACAAGCCAAGAUAAAUGACAAGCUACGAUAUGCUGUUAACGGGAUCUCCUACCUCGAUCCAGCCACCUCUUUGAAGCUCGCUGACUGGUUUAAUAUUCCUGGGGUCUUCAGCUUGAACACAAUCAAGGACGGGCCAACUUCUGGCCUCCCAACCCUAGGCCUUGGCACCUCUGUCAUUGGAACCACCCUCCAUGACUUUAUUGAAAUCGUUUUCCAAAACACUGAAACUAAGAUACAAUCUUGGCAUUUGGACGGAUACAGCUUUUACGUUGUCGGAUAUGGUUCUGGUUCAUGGACACCUGACAUGAAAAAACGAUACAAUUUGAUCGAUGGCAUUCCCAGACACACUGUUCAGGUAUAUCCGACAUCCUGGAGUGCAGUUUUGGUGUCUUUGGACAACAAAGGUAUGUGGAACUUGAGGUCUGCAAUUUGGUCGAGGAGAUAUUUAGGACAGCAAUUGUACGUUAGAGUUUGGAGCAACGAACAGAGUCUGUUCACUGAGACUGGCAUCCCUGCGAAUGCAUUACUUUGUGGCCUCGCCAAGCACAAGCACUCAUAGGAAGAUCUUUUUUAUCUUCUGAUCAAACAUCGAUCUUUUUUCUAACUUUAUUCUUUUAGUUCUAAAUCUCAGUUACGAGGGUGUGAUUGUCAAUUAGGAGAAGUUUUCAAUUCUCGGUGUCUUAGAUAUUAUAACUUCCUAUU